GUGUGUGUGUGUGUGUGUGUGUGUGAGGGAGGCGCAGCCCCCGGAGCUCCGCAGUCAGCAGCAGACCCGCGGCGCUGCAGGAUGGAUGCUGACGUCUCUCCACAGUGUCUCUGGCAGCACCGAGGGCGGAGCUUCCAAGCAUCCCAACCAAUCACAAUGUGUCUCAGAGCAGCCAGUGGCCAAUGAGAGGCUUCUGCGUCACUGGACAAGUCAGGCUCCGCCCCCUGCCUCUGAUAGGCUGCAGGAAGCCGACAGCAGCGAUGAAUCUUUGACCGACAGCUUCUCCACCCAGGACGUCUCUCUCCUUCUCCCCGCCCCCUACAGACAGAAAGGUGUGGUCAGCUCAUCAGAGCCUCCCAUUGGCUGCCCUCCGCCCCCCACCUGCAGCCCAGGCACCAAUGAGACGCGCCUGUCGUCGACCAAGAGCCACACCUCCUUGAAGACGAACGCCGCCCACAUCAAGGAAGUGGCUGGAAAUGACUGCUGCGUCCACUGCCUGCUGGCCUGCCUGUUCUGUGAGCUGCUGUCCAUGUGCUCGGCGCUGGGGGAGUGUCUGGCCUGCGGCGUGGGCGGAGCCAGUUGCUGCGACUGCGCGGCGUGCUGCUGCUGCUGCGUGGAGGCGGCCGGGGAGGCGGCGUGCACGGAGGAGGCGUGCCAGGCGGUGUUGGACUGCGGGAUGUUGGAAAACUGCUGCGCGUCAUCUGACUGCCUGGAGGUCUGCUUGGAGUGCUGCGCCAUCGUCUUCCCUUCAUAGGACGGCCAAUCAGGGGAAGGCUGGAUGAUGAUGUCACAGCAAAGGACAGAAACUCUUGGAUUUGGUCUGAACGAUCCGCAUCCCGUUUUGAGCUCGGAUCAGCACAAAGGUUCUCCGAACUGAACAUAAAAGAAGAAGCAAGGAGCCGACUGUAGAGACAAAUAUUUAUGAAAAAUAUGAAAGAAUAAUUUAAUUAAACAAAAUCAUCCACUUUCUAACACCCUUGUCCUUAGUGGGGUCAGGAGGAGCUGCUGCCUGGACAGGUCACCAGUCUGUCGCAGGGCAUUGUUUUUUAUCAGCCCUUCUAAACAAAGUCACUCUGGGAUCAAAAGGUCAAAGACCCAUAUCUCAUAAAUUAGGAUUACGUUAAUUUUGUAUUAUUUGCAUGUGAUCAUGUUUAUCUUCAUGUUAGCAUGUCGCUAUGUUAGCAUGUCGCUAUGUUAGCAUGUUGCUAUGUUAGCAUGUCGUCAUGUUAGCAUGUCGCUAUGUUAGCAUGUCGCUAUGUUAGCAUGUCACCAUGUUAGCAUGUCACUAUGUUAGAAUGUCACUAUGUUAGCAUGUCGCUAUGUUAGCAUGUCACUAUGUUAGCAUGUCACUAUGUUAGCAUGUCAUCAUGUUAGCAUGUCGUCAUGUUAGCUUGUCGCUAUGUUAGCAUGUCACUAUGUUAGCAUGUCACUAUGUUAGCAUGUCAUCAUGUUAGCAUGUCGUCAUGUUAGCUUGUCACUAUGUUAGCAUGUCACUAUGUUAGCAUGUCACUAUGUUAGCAUGUCAUUAUCCACAUAUAAACAUCAGAAUCAGAAACAUUUAGACCUCCAUCCAGAUGCUGGUUGAGAAGACAGAAAGCAAGCAGAAAUAAUAAGAAGCAAAUUCUGUUAUGAUGAGAAUUUAUCUGAGGUUUUCUUCUGGCAGGAACAUCCGGACCAAUCAGAGCUCUGGUGGAUGAUGGAGCUGAUUAUCAGGUGCUUUAUAUGUGAGAAAGAAUUUGAGAUUUUAAUCUGAAUUCCUGAAGGAUUUAUGGUUGGCAAUACCUGAUACCAUCAGGUAUAUCAUCAGCAUAAUAAAAAUUUAUUCCAUCAGUCUUAGUGGAAAAGACUUUAUAACAAAGGUUAAAAGGCAAAAAAAUAUAUUUUUGACAUUUUUUUGCUGAUGUUAAGAUGUUGCCGUUCUCCAGGAUUCUACUUGUGUCGCAGAUUUACACAAAAAUACAAACUGAUCGCACAAACUCGUGUUUUAUUUGUACAAAACAGUCACUGAUUACAUCAUCAUUGAAAUUCUAAGGCCAACGAUUGGCUGCUGUACAUUCAGUGUUCUUCAGACGCUUCGUGGCCGUAAACUGUCUGCAGCUGCUAUAAACUUUUCGGUGACGUGUUUGCGUCAGAGAUUGACAGGUCGGCGGGGCGGGGCGGAUGGGACAGGAUGUGCACCCGGUAUGAACAGGAAGUCUGUGUUUGUUGGAACAAAGGCCAGGACAUUCAAACAGGAAACGGGAAACCACUGAGAAGACAGCGGCUCCUGACCUCUGACAUCAGCGCAGAAUCAAAGACAAACCUCCUAUUUUUCCCUCUGUGUUUGUUAAAAAAAAUCCAUUUCAGUCCACUGAUUAAACUUGAAUUAGAUUAACUAAAACACAUUUAGUGUCUCACAUAACCUUAUUGCUGAAGGUCCUCGUGAGUUGGCUGCAGACAGAGCUAGAGGCCCCAAACUGCAGGUCAACCAGAACACACACCUCCAGAAACAAAACUGCUUUUCUCACCAGUUUCUGUCACUUUCAGUGAACAAGAUUUAAAGCGCCCCCUGCUGGACAACAGAACACAGAUGAACGUAACUUAGUUACCUAAGAAACGGGAACAAAAUAUUACUGUUAAUGUAUAUUUGUUUUUUAUUUUCAACUUUACAAUUAUAUGUUGAUGACAUACUAACCUAUGAGCUGAAGUAAACUCCCGCUGAAAUGUGUUUUGAUAAUUUGUUCAGCAGAGAUCUUAUUAAUUUGUGAUUUUUCUAAUAAAGUUCUAAAAAUACUCAAAACUCA